ACUUACAAAACCGCUCCGCCUGGCCUGCAGAAUGGACAACAAUAAAGAUUAAAGUCCCUGGUACUGGUACAUGUACGUGUGUACACGAUGAUCUGAGUUUAUGCAUACACAAAGUUUGUGCAGUGUUUUCCGUGUCUGCAAAUAAUGCAUAAUACGUACGUACCGGCGGUACGCCUAAGCUAUAAUGGGCUAGCUGAGCCAAGGCAAUGGCGGUGAUAGACUUCAGCGGAAACUGAAUGUGGAUGCCACAAAUUACACUUUUUAACCCUUCGCAUAUCCUUCAGGAUGGCGAAUAUUCAGCAGUUGGCAGGUGGUGUUUAUGAUACUACCAGGGGAGGCCAGGGUCAAGGGGGCAUGCCUGGUGGUAUGCAAAAUGUACCCCCCAACAUGCAGCACAACAUGGGACCAGACAUGGGAGGCAACAUGGGUGGAACUGGCUCUAUGAUGCAUCCUCCUGUCCCUUUUGACUGUUCAGAUAUAGACUCCGAUGACAUCAGUGUUGAUGAACAAUCUGAAGGCGGUGGAUCGGACAUUGAGAAGACAUACACAAACUUAGAUGGUAGCAGGAGGGAGAUGUUUAAUUCUACUAUGAUCCAGCAAGCUUUUGCCCAGAGCAUAGGACUGGGAUUGGUGCAGCAGGCUGCCCAACAAGCAGCAAGGCAGGCUGCUGACAUGGGUUCCCAAGGUGCUUCCCACAUGCCAUUUCAUGGUCUCCAGAUGCCUCCUCGUGGCCAACCUCCGCCGCCUGCUUCCACAGUCGGAGCACCGACUUCUACAGCUUCCUCUGCACACAAGGGAAGGAAUGAGCAAGCCAAUCAGCCAUCUGGUUGGACUCAUCAAGUCAGAGCUACUCCACCCCCACCAUUCAAUGCUGUCCAGCCAGGACCGGGGAUAUUGUUUCCACCUGGUACACCAGAGCUGGACUACUUUAACUUGCUAUUCCCUGAGUCACUCAUUGAGCAAUUAAUGAUAGAGACUAAUCGCUUUGCAGAACAAAGCCAAGGUGAUAAAGCCAAUGCGCAUUGGCAACCACUGACUCUGACAGAAAUGAAAGCUUAUCUUGGUAUUCGCAUCUAUAUGAGCAUUCUUAGCCUCCCUCAUCAAGAUAUGUACUGGUCCACUGAUUGGCUCUUUGGUAACCUGGCUUGUUCGCAGAUCAUGCCUAAGAAUCGCUUUCAGAACAUAGCAAGGAACUUUAGUGCUAAUGACAUGACCACAAACCCGCCUGUGACUGCUCCAGAUCAUGAUAAACUUCAUGCCAUUCGCCCAGUUCUGGACACAGUUCUACACACUAUCAAAGAAUCGUACAAUCCACACCAGAACUUGUGUAUUGAUGAAACUAUAAUUACUUACAAAGGCAAGUUAGGUUGGCGGCAGAGAUCAGCUGAUGGUUCAACAGUAGGGAUCAAAGUGUGGAUGAGAGCCGAUUCCACUAAUGGUUAUGUGAAUGACUUUCAAUUCUAUACUGGCAAGUCACAGGCAGGAAAAAUGGAAGGUGGGUUAGCAGCAAGAGUGGUGCUAGAUCUCACCAAGGAUCUCCAUAAUUCUAAUGCCAUAAUUAACAUGAAAGGAUUCUUCUGUAGUCCUUAUCUCCUGGAGAGACUAUUUGACCUGGGAAUCAGGGGACGGGGAACUGUCAAAGCUGACCGCAAGGAUUUUCCAGAGGCUCAGCUUGGGUCCAAGUCUUUUACACAACAUGGUCAAUCCGCAGUUGUUCAGAAGGGCAAUACCUGCGCAUAUGCUUGGAAAGACAAGCGAGUUGUUCAUGUGCUGUCAACAGCAGAUGAUGCUACAGUAACUGACAAUGUGACCAGGAAACAGCGAGAUGGCUGGGUAAAGCCAGUCCCUUGUCCCCAAGCAAUGUCUAACUGUAACAAAUAUCUUCAUGGUGUAUCACACGCCAACCAGCUUCGUCUUGAGUAUCCUUCCUCUCGCACCUCCAACAAAUGGUGGCACUAUCUAUUCUGGUUCAUCUUUGACACAUGUAUGGCCAACGCAUAUAUCAUUAUGAAGGAGACCUACAUGAAUGCAAACCAUGGCUCUCUGUCUGGUACACGCAAGAUGUGCACCUUGGAGUUCAAGAAGAAUCUUGCCAAGCAGCUGGUAUCAGCGCAGAUGAUGACAGGAAAGAAGAGAAAGAGUCCCGAUCGCAACAGCAACUCGCCUCUCAAGGUCAAAUUUAAGAAGGUAAAAUCAAAGUCACCAAAGAGUGAAAAGAAAGGUGACAAGAGUGAUAAGAAGGACUCAAAGUCCAAGCAGUCGAGGCGCAAGCGUACGCCAAAGAAAGCCACACUUGCUGAUACAUCUGCAGCUUUGUUCUAUCCCAUGCAAGAUGAUAGUACAGGGGUGCCUGCUCAUGAACUUGGGACAUCCAAUGUAGAUGGAGCUCAAGGAGGACUGUCCAGUACAUCCCAAGAAUGAAGAGCAUCCUGGAUUUUUUUGUGGACUCUAUAUUCAAGAGAGCAUGUGUACCUUAUAUUUGAACAUCAGGAAAGUUAAUCUCAUUGGCUGAUGUUUUUUAAUACUUCAUUGUAGACACUGCAUAAUAUGAAACCUCCGUUUAUAAUCAUGGCCUAGUAGUAAUUGUGUGAUUUCUUUGAAAAAAAACCUGUCCCAACACAAUUUAAUAUCAGUAAAUAUUUUCCUAGCCUAUGUUAUCCCUGACAUACAUGUAGGGCCUCAAAUGAAUCGUAUGUUUCCAUGUGCUUUGAACAUGUGUAAUGUCAAGGGUUGUUUCUUAAAGUAUCACAUGACAUGUACAUGUAUGACAGACUGGAACAUGAAAAGUCAAAAUAUGAACCUAAGCUUAAUGAAUCAUGACAUAUAAAAAAAAAAUUACUUUAACUUUAAAUAAUUUCAAUUCACUGGCAGAUCCAGGGGGGCGGCAAAGCCUUUUUUUGCUUGCUUGUCAAAUUUUUUCUCAGGAAAAUGUGUCCCCCCCCCCCCCUUUUGCAAAAUCCUGGAUCUGCCCGUUUCAAUUGUAUUUCAGCAAAACUGUACUUUCCAUGAAAAUGUGUUUUAACGGUAAAAUCUCAUUCAACAUCUGCAUGUUGAGGCCCACAUUUGGCUUGCCAUAUUCCAGACACUCAUACAGCUUUUAAGUUAUAAGUCUACAAACAGCCGCAUGAAACAGCUCCAGAGGACUAUAUACUUGAGUAUUAUAUAAUUAUGUAUGUUGAAAAGUUACUUACAGUUUGGUCCAAAAGAUUAUACAACCGAUUAAAAAAAGAAAACUAAUGAAUGUAACUGUUUAUCCCUCUUGAUUGCUUUUGGAAUGUUGGACUAUGAAUGUCCAAGUGUGUGUCACUAAUCAUUCAGAGACUCAACUCUUCUUAAAAUGGAAAUUUGAGUAAAAUAUUGUUCUUCCCACAGAAUAGGUGUAUGUGAACAUUUCGAUCAUAACCAUAUAUGUUCUGGGUAUUAACAGAACUUUUUGCAAUAUUUACUUUCCAAUACUUACCCCUAGGCCCUGUAACACAGAGACUGCAGUCAAUUACCAGUUUAAAAAUGUGAGAAGUAGAUAGUAGGUAUAAAAGUUAAAUCUAUAAUUGAUCUUGAUUAGCCUUUGUCCUGUUGAUGCUUACCUUUUUUGACUUUGACUUUUUGAAAUAUUUCAUUGUAUUCUGCAUUAAUUUGAUUUCCAAGCACUUAUUUGUACCAUGGUUUCUGAACACCUUGGCCAGCAUUCUGAACUUGGGCUUAAUUCACACUCUGGUCUAUGUGGUUUCGCUAUGGAUAGCCAGUUGUGAGAAGUACAUUGAACAGUACAAUUUGUCAGCUCAUUUGACACAAGUUAUUCAUACAUUUUACUGACUGAAUAAUUACUGAAAUUGUUCUCUUCACUAUAACAUGAGAAAAGAGCCAAGUAAAGAUAUGAAACGUAACAUAAAUGCAAUUUUAAUAUUGUGGGCUUCCCAUAAUUUUAGCACAAUGUUAGACCAUGGCCUAAUUUAAACCAGAUUUUAGAAUAUGGGCCACAGAAUUUUGAUUUAACCUGGAUUAUUGAU